AUGAUCAUGUACUAUGCCAAAUUUGUACCCAAUGUAAGCACAUUACUAGCACCAUUAUAUAAUUUACUAAAAAUCGGUGUUAAAUACGUAUGGGGUGAGCAAUGUCAAAGAGCAUUCGAGGAGCUCAAGAGUAGGUUGGUCAGUAGCGAAGUGUUGUGCCACUACUCAGCGGAGCUGCCGCUGGUGCUGACGGCGGACGCGAGCAGCGUGGGCGUGGGCGCCGUGCUGGCGCACGCCACGCCGGCCGGUGAGCGGCCUGUCGCCUACGCCUCGCGCUCGCUCACAGCCGCGGAGCGCCAUUACGCGCAGAUCGACAGGGAGGCACUCGCUAUCGUAUUUGCUAAUCGGGCGAGACAAAUCCCCGUGUGCCACAAAUGCGGCGCGGUGGAUGACACGUUGCAGCACACCCUCGCGGUCUGCACAGGCUGGGAGGAGCAGCGCCGUGUCCUCACUGUGGUCGUGGGCCGGGAUCUUUCGCUUCCGAGCCUGGUCAUCGCCAUGCUGGGAAGUGAAGGAUGCUGGAAGGCGAUCGCCUCCUUUUUGAUCGAAGAGGUCAUCCUUCAGAAGGAGGCUGUGGAGCGCGAGCGGGAGAACGAUCCUCUCGUCUCAUCGCUCCGCAGGCGGAGAAGGGGGCGGAAAAGGCGGUUGUACGACCGUUCUACUCUGCCCCCAGGUGGCGGCCAGCAGGCCGGGGGUGCGGGGGCAUUUUCGUCGGACCCCCACAAGGGGGGCGUGUAG